GGUAGUGUUUUCAACGAAUGGAUGGCACCUAUCAUUCUAAUGGCAGUACCUACUUCAACAACACUAAUAGUUCCAGCGUUCCUGUAUGUGCAGGGCUGGGUCUCUCAUGUCCGAGAUUGUAUACUGCAAAAGCGCCUGAUAUCAUACAUUGCAACGAUUGGUAACUUCGUCGUUAUUCCUUUCAUCUUGUACUUAACACUUAUAAAAGUGAAGGAUGGAUUUUUCAAAUAUUUCACACUGAAUUUAAUGGUUAUUUGCAUUGCAUCGGCUAUUGCUGCUUUCACAAUCGAUAUACUUAAUAUAAUUGUUCUUUUUGCUAUUGUAGAAGGAAAGAAAGAUUAUCGGUAUCAAAUUCGAGAAUGGGCCCGGCUAUGUAAUGGCGCUGGAAGUAUUUGGUUUCAUGCCUUGAUGCUCUACGCAGUUAUAGUUUGUUAUUUACCAUAUGUGAAACCUCUGUUUUAUGCGAGUUUUAUAAAAAAGAGCCAGAAACCUUAUUACGCUGCGCUACAUUUUUCGAUAUUUCUUUUAACUGGUUCAAUAGUCUUGCUUUUGCAAGCAUUCCGUUAUCGCAUACCUUAUUUGCUAACACACAUCAUAUUAUUUAUCGUAUUGUUCUUUGCUACUUUGACUGUUAUUACUUUGCCUAUAUUUGGUAGGUUUUUAUCAUUUGUUCAUACUAAUACCAUCUAUGUGUUUUAUCAAUAUUGUAAUUCGAUCACAAGCUCUACCAGAAGUUCUCUCAAAUUUCUUCAAAUUAUCGAGCAGAAAUUUACGCAUGUGCAUAUACUAUUUGUAUAUUUGCCGGUUGCGAACGUGACUUUGCCAAAAAUGCGGGCGAUUAUCGUUGUAGCCAUUACGAUCCUUGCACUUGAGCCAUAUCGCCAUGCAACUUUUUCAUUGUUUUGCAGAAGGAAUUGGAUUUCGGAGGUGAUAUCAUUUCCAACUCAGAAAACAACAUAA